UUAAAUGUAAGAUUCAACGAACUGCAUUUUAUAAAUUUGGUCUUUUCCUGAAAAGAAUGCAGUGUUGUUGUGAAACAUUGUUAUAGCUCACAAGUCGAAUAGAAAACCUACAGAAUAGGUCAUCAAUAAAAGUUAGCUAGCUUUGCAGGUAGACGUCUGUGUUAUAAUCAGGUGUGCUUCCGGCGAAAGAAAGUUCUGUCAGCUGAGGACAGUCAGGGGUUUGUGUCUCUGUCAGCUGAGGCAUGGGCAGCCCCUCCACUACCACUCUGGAUGAAGUUCAUUGUCUCUGGCCUUUGUGCUCCCACACCUGCUGCUGGGAGGCUGAGCAGCGGAUCCAUGCAGGCAAACCUCGCAUGUUAAAGGCCCUCACCUCUUGCAGGGCCUCAGCAACAGCUGCUGAUGAUGAUAGGUUUCCAGCUGUCACUGUGGUUAAUGCAGCAGACUGGACUAACGCUGGCUCGUCCACUGAGGUCUUUUCUCUUAAAAGUGAAGAUAAUGUCUCAAAAGCUGCUACCGAUGCUCUCAUUAGCCACGUGGCUUCACCGAAGGGAGCAAGAAGACAUGUUAAGCCUCCUCAGCUUCAUGUCAAGAAUCUGAUUUUCCUUCCCUCUCCUGAGAUGAACAAAUCCAUUGAAAUCAAGAAGAAACUCAAACAGGACAAGGCAAGAAAAAGGGUUCUGUUGAAGCAAACCUCUUUGAAGUCCCAGUUGAAUCAGGAAGGGAAGGGUUGGCUGAAGGUGGAUACUGACCCAUCAGAUCCUGGUAGGUCCUGGCCAGGCCCACAUAGUGACCUCCAGGUAAAGAAGGUCCCUGCCGCUCCCCAGUGUCACAAUCUUGUUCCUGUGGGUCAAACUCUGGUCACUGCCCCUGAGGCUAAAGGCAACCAGCAGCCGCCUAGGUCAGCCCAGACCCUCCGCCCCAGGAAAAAACAGGUGGUUCUGCAGCCCGUCUGUGAGGGGAUGCAGAAGAGGCACACCCGAGAUGAGCACCGCACCUUCAAACAUAAACUGGACAUGAAGGCUGGAAUCGAUGGGAUUGAUUGGGAGAGUCUGAAGAGACAAACUUACCAGUGGAGGAGGCACAUCCUGCCUGCUGAGUCUUCAUCUUUAGAGGACAAGGCAGAACAUGUACCGGACAGCUUCCACCCAGCCCCCAUACUGAGCUCAUACUACCAGUCCAAGAGCCCUUCAACCACAGGCGCUGCUAAAUGCCAAAAUAAAGCCUACAUGAAUGAGAUAUGGCAGUGCUGUACUGUACAGCUAAGAGGAAUGAAGGCUCCAAAUGAAGGUUUUCAACAUACCGUUACUGGAACACUGCACAAAUCACUAUAGAUGCAGAUGAUCAGAAUGAUAUGAAGCCGUGUAUUAAAGGGGCCGAUCCUGCUCCAAACUCCAAGCAAAGCUCACUGGUGUCAAGUACUGUGGAACUAACCCGGUCAACUCAGCAGAACAACAGCAGACAACUGCCCGCCAACUUCAUGUCUACUGCCUCCACCAUCCAGUCUAAUCCCUUCUAUUUAUGAAGAAGGUAGAGAAGACUGUAAACAUGCCUAAUUAGACAUUAAAGUGAGCAUUCGUGAAAUAAUGUGUAAUAGCAUUAAAUGAGCGGUAUCUGAUGUUGAGAUAACAACAGCCUCUGGUUCCUGUUAGAAACAUGGCUGUACAGCAGCAGGUGUCACCACAGAGUCACUGAAGGUCAGGUUAACUUGAAAACUGGACCAUUCUGGAAAAAUACUUUUCAGUAUAGAAAUGAUUACAGUAUGUACGAGUAUGAUUACAACAUGGGGUGAUAUCUUUUUUUGCAGGCACGACAGAAGAAAUUUUGGAAUGAAAUUACUUGGUCGCCAUAGUUUUAAUUCAGAAGGCAAUCGCAAUAUAUUCAGUCAACUUUAGAUAAAUGUAACAUUGGCUGUUUUUGAUGUUAAUUAGAUUAGGUCAGUGAUCCUCAUGACGAAAUAGUGCCAUUGUUGGAUCAGGAAAGAGGGUCUAGAAACUGGGAAGAUCAUAUGAUUGAAACGUGAAAUAAUAAUACAGUAAAUAAAGAUAAACAUGCAGCCUU